AAUCGACAAGCUGGCGGAAUUAUGGAGAGAUUUAGUAACUGUUUCGACGAAUGAUCGCGUGGAUCUGGAUCAAUUCAAGGAGACGACAAAACGCUGGAUCGCCAAGAUGCAACAGGAUGGCAAUAACAAUUCUCUGGAGAAAUACCUCGCGAACGAUGCGGACUCGUCGAUGAAAACCAUGGAUAAAGAUAUCGUGGGAUUGGAGCUCCGUGUGAAAUUUCGGAAACUGAACGAGGAGAACGUUGUCCUUCGUGACGAGCUUGAGCGGUGCGAAGAAUUAAUCAACACUCUCAGACAAGAACACAGCAUUACCAAGCAACAGCUAAAGCAUUACAUUAAAAAAUGUCAGCAAUUCGAAAAGGAGAACGACGAGCAAAGAGAUCAAUUAAACGAAUUACUUGAGAAAGAAAAGAUUAAAACCUUGAACCUUCAAAGAUGUAUGAAAGAGAAGGAGAAUUUGUUGAAGCAAUUGGAAGCCGCGGAAAUCGAGAUACAAAUUAUUCCAUCCUUGAAAGAAAAACUAGAGAUGAUCACUAAGGAAAAGAUGAAUUGUAUUGAAGUAAUUGCUAAAAUGCAGGAGGAAUUUGACGAAAAGGAAAACAACUUUAGACAUUUAAAAAGUACGAUAACCGAGCUUCAAGACUCAAGUAUCAACAUAAAAGAAAACUAUGAAUGCGUGAUUAGUAGUCUACGUGAAAAGAAUCGUCUUCUUGCGGAUGAAAAUGAGGAGCUGCAGUCGUUAUCGCUCUUUAGUGUAUAUCCUUCUAGAGAAAGACUUUCAACAUCGCCAAUUUUAAAUACAGAUGUAUGCAACAUGCAUAGUACACCCUAUAAAUCAACGCCGGCACAAGAUUCAUUAUAUAUGGAAUUAAAAGCUUCAGGCUUUACAGCUGAAUGUAGCCGAAGCGACAGGAAAGAUCUCGAAGAGGAACUGAACGAAUACGACGUUGCGAUUUUUGAAAUAUUAGAACAGCUAGAAAAAGUUAUACAAGUUUUUGUUACGAUGAGAGGCUCCGAUGACGACUCACCUCACUUUACCCCGCAAGACACGAAUGCAAGAGUUCGUAAUGUCGAUAUAUUGAAACAUAAAGCGUCUUUUCUACUGAAAAUGGUGACAAAGAUGACGAGGAGAAAUACGAGGCAAGAUUCAAGUACGCAACUUCGAGCCGAUCCGGCAAAUGCGACCGACAGUUUGGAUCAAUUCGGUAUCGAGAGUUUCCGGAAUCUCUUGUCGACGCAAACGCAUCGAUCGAUACACACGUUGUUACUAAAUCUACAGCCAUCCUCACUGAUCGCGGAAGACUCAAGAUCACAAACGUUCGGUUAUCAACACUCUGAAACAAAUACUAUUGAUGUUCCUCCGUUCGCGCAAGGAGACGGUCUAAUGCAGGAAGAUAAAAAAUCUAUGCCACUCGCUGUGGAAGUUUCCAAUUGGAAAGAUUUUGUUCAUACCGAGGAGGAGAACCGAUCGACCAAAAUGCCAAAGGUCCUGCAAGUGGAUACAAAGGCGACUUUAGCCACGUUGGCGGAGAAGACGGAUGCCAGAAGUUUCCAAGUAUCAGAUAUGAGCGGCACGAAUAAUCCAACGAGUCCCCGUAGAAAGAUCGCGGUCUACUGUCGCUCGUUCGACGUUGUGGCGGUGCAGGAUCGGUGCGAUGAUCAUCCGGGAUCCAACAAUCUAGAAGUGAGACAAUCGAGCAAACCAGAUGACUCUCCCGCACGAAUCGAGUCCGCUAGGGAUCAAAAUAACACUCCCGACAAGAACCAUCCAUUUAAUAAUUAUGUUUAUCGCAACGUGAAGAGCGACAGCGAUUCCUCGAACUCCACGCCGGGGAAGUACUUCCAGGACAGUAUGGAUGACGAGCCGCCGAUCGAGCCGCAGUCGUUACUUAGAAAUGUCCGUCUAGCGCCCACGCGUUUGAGAUUUCCCGAAAUCAGAAACGAGAUGGAUAAAACCGUCGAGACGGUUUCCAACAGAGCUUCUCCCGUUCCCAUGAAUUCCACCGAAUUGGAUAUUUCGAUGUCUUCCUUGUCGUCAUCUUCCCUGUCUCCUAUUGACAGACACAGAAAAUAUGAUAACAUUUCAUCCUCGAUUUCACCUAAGUUGGAAAGGAAGAGCGCGGCGCUCGAGUUUAAAUCGUCAAACGAGAACGCUUUGCAGAUAUUCUCGAUGCCAAAGAGCCGUCUAUUUCCAUGUAACCAAGCUGAUUCAGCGAAGAUCACAGAUUCAGAGGAUCCCCACUCCCAAGCGAGCGUGCAAAGAGUCAGCAACAGCGAGAGUCAGUCGCGUUUCGAACGGUCAGUCGACAGCCAAAUGUCGAGUCGUGAGGACAGUUUUAUCGUUUCGGAACCGCGCAAAUCAGCGACGGUGACGGUGACAGCGGGAUCCGUUGAUGUAUGCAGUACUAUUGACGAGAAAGUUACAAAUGAGGCCGUCGAUGUCAUAUCAUCUACACCAUUGACGACUGAUGAGCCAGUCUCCGCAGAGGUGGUGGUGUGCAAAAAUGUGGCGCAGACCGACGAAAAAGCGCGCGAAAGAAAUCGGUUGACGAAACAAAAAACGCGACAGUCGAGAUUUUUUAAUACAAAAAGAUCGCACUCGGAAGGCGAAAACAUUGGCCGAAAACUGGAGUGCCAUUGCAAACGAAGAAAUCGACCCUUGAUCCCGGAAGGUUUUCCUGAACGCAAAGUCUUUCCGAGUCUUACGGACGCUCGUCUGGAGGAAUCCGGGAUAUCCAAUUUAUCAGACAGCGAAUUGGAGUGUGGUAGGGAGAAUCCAAGCGAGCUUGAACUGCAGAAGAAGUACACUGCGUUUUCACUAUGUCUCUGCAUAGACAGGCUGACUCUACCGCGAAGGAUAGCGAUGUCGAUUCGGCAGCGCGAUCAAUCGGAGAAAAAUCUUUCUUCCGAAGUGGCGAACAUGCAACAGGACAUUCAGGAACUCGCGCCAUUAUGCAUGGACAGAGAAUCCGCGGAGCGAGUGGAUCGGGUCAGGCAUCGGUUGGACAUGAUUGUACGAUGCGCGCACAGGGUGUCCUGCACGGCGGAAACCCUGGGUGCUGUGCACCAGGAGAGUAGGGUUUCCCGGGCCGUUCUGCUAGCCGAUAAGUAUCUCCAUCUACUGCACUCCCGGUGCGAGAAGCUGAUCGCCAGUGUCGCCGAGACUAAACGGAUCCUGCUAGAGAACAACAUAACGAUAGAGGAGAACUCCAGCGAGCUCAACGAUGAACUACCCCGCCUCAGAUACCGGAGCGGUACAAUCGUCAAUAAUCGUAUGAUGAUGGCUAGGAGAAGAGCCAGCGUAGCCACGAUGUCUCGGCCGAUGGGUAGCACACAGGAUGUGACAAAGGACAUCGUGAGGCAACGAAAUUCUGUUUCUGGACGUAUGAUGACUCUCAGGAGGCCAUCUUUCACCUCCGAAUCCGCGAAAUGGGAGAUCGAAAAACUAGAUCGUACCGAGAGUUCCAACAGCAUAAAUGAAUUACGGGAUAUUUUCGAACAAGCUGAGUCUCGUCGUAGCUCGAGAGAAGAAAAUAAUAACACACGACUAAGCCAUUCAAACAGCCAAAGUACAAUAAAUUGUGCAACAAGCGACAAUGAUGUUUGGGCGGACAUAAAGGAAAGGGAGGAAGAGGAGGAGACAAUUUCUCCCGAAGUUUUUGAUAAUGAAAAUAUUUAUUCUGAGAGAAGAUUAAGCACAAAAUCGCCGCAUUCUUUCCAAUUAAAACGACGAAAAAGAAGACUAAUAUGGCCUAUAAUACUGAGCAUUCUAUUUUUCUUUCUUCUCUUUCAAGUGAUUCGUGCAAUGGUAACGAAUCACGUAGUAAACCACGUUUGUCAAAAUCAGCCGUUAAACAAACUAAUCGACUAUGUUAUCGAGAGAUACCGUCAGAUGAAGAAAGUGACUUCUCAUCCUAUGUAAUUUUCUUAAUGUUUGCGUGAUUUAGUUAGCUGCAUUAUUAAAAUAAGUAGCAAGAUUAAAUGUAUAUUGUAACGUACGUCAAUUACAGAAAGGCUGAAUAAAUUAAUAAUUACAGUUUAUUUCAUCUUUUGAACAUUGUCACGCUGCAGCCACAAGUGCUAAGCUGUGAUAGAGAUUUCUCGGUCACUUCUUAGUUACAACUGUGUUUGUAUCAUGACUUCAGAAACGACGAAUUGUGUAAAUUCUUCUUUUACACUGUUACACAAAAUAAUUUUUAUUUAUUAUCACUCACAUUUGACAUUACUAGUUUAAUUGUAUUAAUAAAUGACUGUAAAUCUAGAAUAAAUUUUUUUAACAAAUGGA